GGAGGCGGGCAACGAAGACUGCACACUGCACAGCACAGCAGAGAGGAAAGUCCUGCGUUGCUCGAAGGGAGUCAAAAAGGAAGACCGAGACAACAUGCAGUCCGAAGCGGCGCUUCGUUGGGACGAACACGAGGCCUAUGAAGAACUGUUGUACUGGGACAGUCUAAUUCAGGAGGGUCGCCGACUACACCCUCAGGACUUUGACAGAUAUGAGGACCUGCGUUACUGGUAUGACUGCCUGUGCUAUGAGGAGGAGAUGAGGAACUACAACGACUACAUCGCAGCCCUGCACGAGCAUGAGACCCAGCUGGCGUAUUCUGCACAAGCUCCACCCGAGCCGCCCAACCGCCUGUUUGCCAGCGCGGACCGGCACGUGAUGGUGAAGCAUGCGGAAAUAUACCCGGCGGCGGAGGACCUGGAGGCGGUGCAGACCAUGGUGGGCCACGUGGAGCAGGGCCUCAAGGCCGUCUCCGACUGGAUGAACACGCUACCCAGCACCGAGCAGCCAGAGGCGGCAGAGGGGGACGACGCUAGUGAGCCCAGUCCUGUGCUGCGUGGGGUGUUCCGCGUGGGCUCGGUGGCCAAGGGCCUGCUGCUGAAGGACAGCCUGGACCUGGAGCUGGUGCUGUUGUGUAAAGACGUCCCCACCAACUCCCUGCUCAUGAUGGUCACCGGCAAGCUCUCCAUGGAGCUCAAGGAGAUUACCGAGGAGGAAUACGUGGUCACCGCGUGUCCAGAAGACGCCUGCAUCAGCAUCAAGACCAGUGUGGAGGAGCCGGCGCUCACUCUCAAAGUUCACGUCACCUCCCCGGAGGUCCGCCGCCAACUUUUGGAGACAGCCAAAGAAGGCGAAGAAGAAGAAGAAGAAACGCAAUCGGUCAGCCCGGCGCCGGACGCCCUGGACAGGCAGAAAUGCCUGGAUGCCUUGGCGUCUCUACGCCACACCAAGUGGUUUCAGGCCCGGGCGAGUGAGCUGAAGUCCUGCGUGGUGGUCAUCCGCAUCCUGAUGGACCUCAGCAACGCUGUGCCCUCCUGGGUGCCUCUCAGGGGAUGGGCUCUGGAGCUGCUGUGUGAGCGUGCCAUUAGGACCUGCGAGAGAUCCCUUGGAGUAGCCGAAGCCCUGCGGAGAGUUCUGGAGUGUGUCGCCUCUGGAAUCCUGCUAGAAGAUGGCCCAGGCAUUUCAGACCCAUGUGAGUCUGAGCCGACGGACGCCUCCGCUCACAUGACGCCGCAGGACCGGGAGAAUGUCACCAUGAGCGCCCAGAAAGCCUUACGACUGGUGGCCUUCGGCCAGUUCCACACUGUGCUGGGGAUGGACCGCCUCAAAUACACAGCAAAGGCUGCACGCGGAAGACCCCCAUCUGGAGGAGGGAAGCCGGCGAACCUUAUGCCAGCACCGCCCUCUAAGAGGCCUCUGGAGGAUGGAGACAGCACUACCGCAAAAAACCCAAACAAAAAGAAGAAAACCCAGAAGCCUUCAGAAAAAGCAGCCUCUCCGGAGCGCAGCCCCAUGCGGCAGAGCAUCGUGGUCAUGCUGAAGCUGAACAAGAUGCGUCCGGGUCUGCAGUACCGCCUCGUGUCCCAGACGGGGCCCGUGCACAUGCCUGUCUUCACCAUGGCUGUCACCGUGGACGGCAAUGCGUACGAGGCCUCGGGGCCCUCCAAGAGACUGGCCAAGCUGCACGUGGCACAGAAGGUGAGUGUGUGUCCGUGUGUGUGUGUCCGUGUGUGUGUGGUGUGUGUGUGUCCGUGUGUCCUCACCGUGGACGGCAAGACGUAUGAGGCCUCGGGGCCCUCCAAGAGACUGGCCAAGCUGCACGUGGCACAGAAGGCUCUGGAGGGGCUGGGUGUGCGUCUGGACGGGAAGAAGAAGGGGCCAGCAGCAGCGGCACCUGUAGCGGCGACGACAGCAGCAGCGGCAGCAGCAGUCAAGCAGGAGCCGGUGGAGACUACUGCUGAGACGACCUUUACUACAUUCACAGCAGCAACUGCGAAGCAGGAGGACAGCGCAGAGGCUCAGGCUGGCUUCCUGGGAGGCCCCCUCCUCACCAAGCACGGCAAGAACCCCGUUAUGGAGCUGAACGAGUUGCGCCGCGGCCUCAAGUACGACCUGGUGUCCGAGACCGGCAGCAGCCACGUCAAGAGCUUCGUUAUCGAGGUGGAGGUAGACGGGCAGAAGUACCAGGGUGUGGGCUCCAGCAAGAAGCUGGCCAAGGCCAACGCUGCCAUGGCCGCCCUGGAGAAGGUUGCACAGUCCAGCUCCUUCUACAAGAGGCCCAAGAGACCCAACACGUUCGGCCUGGGCUACGUGGCGCCGUCGGGUGGUGGGCGUGGCCGGGGCCGGGGGAGAGGACGAGGCUACAACAACAACAACUCCAGCGCUAGCAGUACCAGCACCAGCAGCUACACAGCUGGAGGUUUGGGAACAUACGGAUAUGGCAGCACUGCAACCUCCUUCACAUCAUCCACAUCUUUAUACAGCACCUCAUACGAUGCCACAUCCAGCACCAGCGGGGCCUCCUCCUACUCCGCUCCCGCCACCACGAGCAGCACCUACUCCGGCCUGGACUACGCCUCCAGCUACACCAACAACACGGCUAACAAAGCGACUACUCCAUCCACCAACACCGCCAUCGCCGCCACCGCCGGCGCUUACUCGGCCACUUACAGCCAGCCCUACGCCCCCUACAAGAAGAGCACGGGCAACGCGGCCACAGGAGCUCUAGCCGCUACUGGCACAGACAGCAGCCAGACGCCGGUAGUGGGGCCGGACUAUGGCUACGGCUACCCCAGGAGCACCAUGGACUACAGCACAGCACAGCAGACCACAACGGACUACAGCUACGCAAACUACGGUAGCCAGAUGUCGUACGGCAUGCCCCCAGCCCAAGGCUACAACUACACCCAGUCGGCCUACCCCAACAUCGGAGGCUACUCCUCCACCACCACCCCUGGCUCUACCUACACCUACAAAUAGAGAAGACCUCCACUGCCUGGCAAAGACAAAGUGCAGUAACUACGCCAACAUUUGAAACGGAGAAAAGUACCGUCAAAGUAGUAAUAUUAGACUGGAUGUUGUAGUUACCGCAAAUUUUACAUGCCAAUAUCUCUAAAACGGGACAUAUUCGGACCAUAAGGCUUUAUCACAACAUAAAGGAGGUGUUAUGGAGACCAUUUUCAGUCUAAACUCGGUUUGCACAAAGGUUGCGUUCCAAUAUGUGACCUUGCAUCCUCCACUUGUGCUUGUGGCCUCAUACCAGGAUGUAGUACAUCAGGAUGACAUCACUGACAACAGCAUUAUAUUUCAAUAUCUCACAAAAGCUCAAUUGUAAAGUCAUUUUCUCAUUUGCAAACUGUAUGGUAAAUGAAGAAUAGUCCCCCAAAAAUUGUUGUGGCUAGUCUGACAGCGGGGAAACUUAAUUGUUUUCUCCACGGAGGCGGGGCACUAGUAAAACGUGAGGCCACAAGCACAAGUGGAGGACGCAAGGUCGCAUAUUGGAAUGCACAGAAAAUGUGUAGUCACUGCACUUUGCCUUAGUUAUGGCAGCGAGCCCAGUCUACCUUCUCCUCCCCUCAGCCCUGGUCCACCCUCCUCACUGCACUUGGACGGACAUCAACACUUCACGUCAUCAAAAUGCAUGGCUCUCCCUCUCCCUUUUGUCUUUAUGAAGGGCCUUUUACUUUCUUCAUUCUGUAGUGUUUUCAAUUAAAGUUUUGGUUCAGUUUUUUAGUUGAUGUGUUGACUUGUGUUGACAGCAUGUGACAGCAGGUAUGUCUUGGGUUUUAUUUUUCGGUUAUUUGUUUGUUUGUUUGUUUUAAACAAUUUUUCCCAAACAUCUGUCAAUAUUUAUAAAGUGUCUUUGGAAAUCAAUUGUAACAACAGUGGUUUGGAGUCUGUUCCACAAAUGGGAAAGGGAAGUCAGUACUGUAUGCAUCAUUGCGAGACAGAGCGAGGGGAGGAGGGGGGGAAAACGCUUUAUUUUUGGUUGGGGUGGGGAAAAACAUCAAUGAUUUGUCAUGGCCUUCUUUCCUCCACUGGAAACUGUGUGUGUUGGUACAGUAGGUUGUCAGGAAAGUGUAUAUAAGAGGUUGUAUAAGCGGUUUAAGACACUGCUGCUGGCUUUAUUUUUGUCAGACUCAAAUCUGUUCUCUGUUCAUCACUUUAGUUAAUGUGAAUGUUGCCCUCACAUGGUGGGGCGUUAUCUUUUCAAACAAUAACUGAAUUAUCAAUUACAAGAUUAUUUCUAAAAAAAUGAGUAGGUUGUUAUUGUUUGUUUGAAAUGAAUGACAUUUCUGGAAGAACAAAAAAUAAAGUUUUUUUUGUAUU